GCGCGGGCAUAUUUUCUAGUUAUUUCUAAAGCACUGUUUUUUUUUUUUUUAUAAAAUAAAAUUAAAAAAAAGCAUAUUAAUCCCAGACAGUCCCUCCUAUCAGUCUUGACGGCUUCUCUUGCACGCCAAAGAGGAAAUAUCUUUCACCCGCCGAGUACGAUACGUUAGGCGGGAGUGCUCUGCAAGUUUCAACUUGGAAACUUCAAAAUGAUUAUUGUAGGUGAAUGUAAGAAAUUUCUUCAUGAUCCUUUCUCAAGAGUCAAGUUCAAAAGUCGACGAAAAGACCACCUCUAAUGGAAAGUCUUUGUAAUAACUUUCUCCCUCGACCUCUAUAUAUUCAUGUUACACUUUCAUUAGUUUUCACCACCUUCACAAGUUUUCAGAAUACCCAAAUCGUACCUCAAAGUCGUAUUUCAUAUCCUUCUCCAUAUUUCUCAAUAUACACAAACACUUUGUCCUUACAAGAUGUCUGAGACAAAGGCUCUUUUGCCUGCAAUAGCCACUUUUGCAGCUUCAGCAAUGCUUCUUAAAAGCAUUGCCAACGACUUCAUCCCCAACGAAUUUCGAAACUUCUUCUUCUCCGGCCUCCACAGCAUUUCCCGCUGUUUCUCUUCCCACAUCACCAUUGUCAUAGAGGAGUUCCAAGGGAUGUCCUUGAAUGAAGUUUUUGACGCUGUUGAAGCCUAUUUGGGGACGAUAGAGACCGCUUCUCUUCAAAGAAUCAAAGUGAGCAAGGUUACACAGGAGAAGAAGCUAGCAGUCGCAGUGGAUCGAGGGGAAGAGAUAGUUGAUGUUUUUGAAGACCGUGUUCAAGUAAUGUGGAAAUAUGUUUGUACAAAGGUUGAAUCUUCGCGUGCUUGUAAUCCCGGCGAUCUUAAUGCAUCCCUAAGAUCAGAAACAAGAUCCUACGAGCUAACAUUCCACAAGAAACACAAAGAGACGGUGUUGAAUUCUUACCUGCCAUACAUAUUAGAGAGAUCAAAGGCGAUCAAAGGAGAACGAAGGGUAGUAAAACUCUGCACGAACUCCCAGUAUGACUGUUACGGGACACAAGAGGUCACUCUAAAUCACCCCAUGACCUUCGAUAUCCUUGCAAUGGAUACGGAGCUUAAGAAAGCUUUGUUGGAUGAUUUGAACAACUUCAAAAACGGCAAGGAAUUUUACAGGAGGAUAGGAAAAGCUUGGAAACGUGGAUACUUGUUGUAUGGCCCUCCUGGCACAGGCAAGUCCAGCUUGAUUGCAGCCAUUGCUAACCACCUUAACUAUGACAUCUACGAGUUGGAGCUAACCGAUGCUGGUUCCAAUUCUGAUGUAAAGAGAAGGUUGCUAGCCAUGCCUGACAAAUCUAUUCUUGUAAUCGAAGACAUUGAUUGCACAAUCAAGCUGCAAAAUCGGGAAUCUGAGGAUGAAUCGUGGAAUACCAACAGAAAUCAGGUGACACUCUCCGGACUCCUCAACCUCAUUGAUGGUCUUUGGUCAUGUUGUACUGAUGAACGCAUUAUAAUUUUCACAACAAAUCAUAAAGACAAACUAGAUCCUGCUCUAGUGAGACCUGGCCGAAUGGACAUGCACAUUCACAUGUCGUAUUGCACCAUUUCUGCAUUCAAGCAGCUGGCAUUCAAUUACCAUGGAGUUCGCAAUGACCAACUCUUCGAGCAGAUCGAAGGACUUAUAUUGGAGGUUGAAGUCACCCCUGCAGAAGUUGCAGGAGAACUAAUGAGGAGCAGAGAUGCUCAAAUUUCGCUCCAACGCCUCAUCGAUUUCUUGCUGGAGAAGAAAACUCAACAAGAUCACAAGGCUAAAACUAAUGAGACCGGUAUGAAAGAAGAGCACAACAUGGAAGCGGAGCAGACUAGUUGAAUUUAAUGUAACCGUUGUUUGAAGGGCAAGAGACCCUUAGUUUAGUUUUAAAAAAAUUCCAUGUACCCAUCGAAGUCUUACAAUUUCACUAAUAAAUACUAUAUAUAUUCAUUCUAUGA